AUAUUGGUUCAGCAGAGCACAUCUUCUCAUUCCAUCUCCUGUCUCGCCUGCUGCUCUUCUCUGCUGCACAGCCUCAGACUCAGUGAAAGGCAUGAACCCUGGAAUCUCUGUGUUAGUGCUGCUGGUGGCUCUCUCCAGCAGUGGCGGUUUCUCUUACCCCACACACGCAGUGCAAGAAGGGCAGUCGGAUGGAGGGUCUGUGGAUGAACACACACACCAUACCCGUGCAGUGCCCCCAAGUGGACCACUCAACUUAUUGUCUAAAACGCAAGAAGAGAAUGUAGAGGAGGACGCUGUGCGCAGGCUAAAUGAGCUGCUGGCCAGACUAAUUUCCAGAAAAGGUUCAUAUCGCAGGAGCCCGUCCCUCAACAGCAGGUCCAACCACAGAAUAAAGGACAGAGACUACCUGGGCUGGAUGGAUUUUGGCCGCAGGAGCGCUGAGGAGUAUGAAUAUUCAUCUUAAUGUCUAAUUGUCAUUUUGAAGGAACCAACCAAUCAACCAACUGUGUGUACAGAUAGAGCCAUUUUAAUUCUUUUACCAAUCACGUCAUUGUUGGAGUUCCCCUUCUUCAUCUUAUUUCCAAUGUAAAUUUGUAUAAUGAAAAAGAUGCAAUAUAUGAAUAUGUAUGUGUAACUCAUACAGAUUUUCCAUGCACUCACAUUGGUUUUGGGGGAAAAGAGACCGGUAAUGUGGUCGUUUUUAUUUAUUUCCUUGUGUACAUGAUUUUGUUCUAGCGUUAGUAACAUGUUAGCUGUUUGAGAAUAAA